AUGGCUACACAAGAAGCAGCAGAAAAUCCUCUCGAGACCAUGAAAAACAAGACUUGGAUCCUCAAAACUUCUAUUCACUGUGAAGGCUGCAAAAGAAAAGUCAAGAAAAUCCUUAAACAAGUUCCUGGUGUUGAAAAUGUAGAAGUUGAUAUUAAGCAACAAAAAGUAAUAGUAACUGGUAACGUAGACGGAGAUUCUUUAACCAAGAAACUGAUAAAGUCUGGUAAGAAGGCAGAAUUGUGGCCUGAAAAAACUGAGAAGAAAGAGAAAAAAUCAGGGCAAGAAAGAAACAAAGAGAAACAGAUUAAAAGACAAAGCAAUGAACAAAAAAUCCAGGAAAAUGGUGCUAAGAAGGAGCAGAAGCCAACGGGUAAUGUCGAAGCGGUUCAAGAUCCUGCGAAAAUAGGUGAUGGGGGUGCUUCAACUAGUGGUUCUACAGCUAAAAGUGGUGGAGCAAGUGUUGGCGCAGCUCAAGUCGACGGCGGUGAAGUGAAAAGUGAUGAAAAAAGUGAUGCCGGUGGUUCAGCUAAAGUUAGUGAAGGUCCGGUAAAAACAAGUGGCGGCGUUCAAGUGGCAGAGUCGAAAUUGGAGAAGAAGCCGGAGACGGACAGUAGCGCAGCCAGUGCACCGCAGCCGGCGGAGGAGGAGGGGAAAGGAGAUAGUGAAAGUAAAAGUAAAAGUGCCGCAGCUUCUGAGAAAAGUAACGGUGGUAGUGAUGGCAUUGAGACUGGCACUUCUGGUAAAAAGAAGAAAAAGAAAGGGCAAAAUGGGAAUAGCAUGGAGCGAGCGAAAUCGAGUGCUGCUACACCGGCAUCCACUGGAUCAGAUAAGCAUCAUGGUGCAGGCCCACCUCUAAUCUCCAAUCCAGCUAAUCAUAUUCCUCCACAUCAGCAUAAUUAUCAUGACUACCCAACCCCACUACAUCACUAUGGGCGCCCACCCGCAUACGCCGUGAGCUACAAUACGGCAUAUCCUACUAGUAGCUAUACAGCGUCCUAUGCAGCCCCACCCCAACAUUCAUAUGUUUAUACGAAUUCGGGGCCAGAGGUCGAGCCACAGCCACCUUCCUAUCCCGAUUCGUAUCCACGACAACCACCCCCCUCUGAUCCCGAUUCGUAUCCACGACAACCGUUGGAUUCAUUCGAAAUGUUUAGCGACGAAAAUCCGAAUGGUUGCUUUAUCAUGUGA